UCUAAUGAAGGAAGGUUUUGCAUUCUCUUAACAACAAUAUUUGAUGAUGGAGCUAAGAUCAUGCUCCAAUUCAACAUCUAACAGCACUGCUGUGGGUUCAGAGAGGAUCACUCCUGCUGUAGUUCUGGGUUUGUGCUGUUUGGUUGGUUUGCCAAGCAACAUUGCGGUGAUCAUCAGCAUUGCUCGUGAGUGGAACAGAAAUCUGAGCUUCACCUUAAAACUAAUGCUUAACCUUGCGGUGUCUGAUGCUUUGACCCUGUGCUUGGCUCCUUUUGUGCUGUAUGGAAUACUGUUUGGAUGGAAACUCGGACUUUGGUCUUGUAAGUUCCUGUUUUUUUUGGGUCACUGGAGUCUGUAUGUUGGUGUCCUGACGGUCACAUCCAUGAGCGUGCACCGCUAUCACAAUGUCAUCAAGUCAAGAGUCACUAACAGGAUGAUACUGCAGAGACUGGAAAGACGGGACAGGUGCCUUCAGCUGAUUGCCAUCUGGAUUCUAGCCUUUGCAUUUGCCCUACCAGUAUUUUUCACUCAGAAAGUCAAUAAUGAAUUGCAAAGAUGUCAGAGGACAAUGGAGUCACAGUCUGUAGAAGUAACUGUUUUGCUUUUUGAAAUCCUGUUGGGGUUCGUCAUCCCAUUUUUGACAAUGUUGACAAGUUAUCUCUGGUUGGACAAAGGAUUGAGACAAAAAGCCAAGAGAUCCAGUUUAACUACAGCUCCACAGGACCAGGAACCCAGAAACCAGGGGACAAACGUUAGGACUUACAAGAAGAGGCUUGUGAUCAGCAUCGUUGUGGCUUUCUUUGUGUUUUGGACUCCUGUGCACAUUAUCAAUGUGAUCGAUAUAGUCACAGCUCUGACUAAAACAUCUCAUCCAGAUGUUCAUUGUCAACUGAAGUCCUUCCGCCAAAGAUGCGGUGAUACAAACAAGGCUCUGGCUUUGCUAAACUGCUGUCUGAAUCCUUUUCUCUACGCCAUCUCUUCAGGAAAUAUUAUGGAAUGUUUCAGAAAGAGAUAAUUCACAAUUUAUGAUUGAAUUAUUUAUUUUCAGACUUCAUACACUACUAAGAAAAAUGAUUCUAAACAUACAAGCCAUUUCUUUGGCUUGUACAACAGCAGAACUUUUUUCACAAGGUCCCAUAAAGAAUCAUGCUUUGAAAGUGUUAUAUACUGCAGGACCUUCAUAGUGUUAUAUAAACAUUUAAUAAUAGUUUAUUGUUUAAUUAAUAUUUGUAUUUUUAUUUAAUUAAUAUUCAUAUAAAUAUAUAGCCUAUUGUUUAUUAAUAUUGUUUUCAACCUCUCUGUCUGGCCUGUCUUAUAAUAAUAUUUUAGCCUGUAGUAAAACAAAAAAUAGGAAAUAGUAAUGAAGACCAAAUUCCAGUAAAAUAUCUCAGUUCAUUAUUAUGUAUAUAUUUUGGUGUAAUUGCGUGUCAGUUUUUCUCUGCAGAUGAUAAAGUUGUGGGAUGUGAUGCAUCUGAAAUACACAAUUGAGUUUGGUGUUACAGUGUGCCUCUUUCAUUUAUAUAAAAUCAAUUAUGUUUAUCACCAAACAUAGAAAUAAUGGACAAUGUAUGAGCUGCCCAAUGUUAAAAGGAAAAAAAAGACUAAAACUAUUCAACACCUGUCUGAACAAAGGUCUGAAGUGAUAAGAGAUGCAUACAAAAUGGCCAGAGUGGUGGUAUUUGAGGACUGGAACUGAGAAAGACUGGUCUAGAAAAACUGUUUUAUUGAUAAUUUGAUCAUUUCAGCCAGGGUUUCCCUAAACUCAGAUUGGUAUUCACGUAUCUGGCUUAAACUGGAUAUGCUGAAAGAAAUGCUGACUGGAAACAACAUAUUAAAACUAAGAACAUCUGUACUGUAAAUAGACAUAUAAGAUGGUUGUAUAUAAGAGGUGAGAAAAAAAGCAUGAGGUAACUGUUUUCAGUUUCCAAGAGGGGCUACACCAGGACUCAACGAAAGAGAGAACCGGAAGAGAAAUAAAUGUGUGAAAAGCAUGAAGCAAGAAAGAACAUCAAGAAGAAGAUUGCAAGAAAGCAGCAUCAGCAUAACUCAUGCGGUAGGACUGAGCUCAAGAGACUUCCUGCAAAAGGAGGACUGGACAAUACAAAUGUCGAAGGAGAUACCCUGCAAAUCGUGACCCUACAAUGUAUUGCUGGCUUGCAUAACAUAAACUGAUUUUAUUCAUUAUAAUACUGCUUCUAAAUAAUUCGGAUUUUAAAAUAUGUUUUCAAAACUCAAGUCAGUCACGUUAUCUUUCAGCUACGUGUGAAACACGAUUUCAGCGACACACCGGCACAAGAAUCGGCAUUAUAUCGGUUAAAAAGGAUAGCAGAAAACCGUUUAAUACACUUGAAUUGAAAUAUUACUUUUAAAUGUUAUAUAUUUUAUAUAUAGUAUAUAUUUUUAUUUACAGAUCUCACAGUCUGAAGCGUCUGUCAUAGCAAAUCAACAUGCACUGUUGUGAAUAAUUAGAUUCACGUGGUAAACGAGUUAAAUGUCACAUAAAUUGUUUACGUAAGGUUAACUUAGUUGCUGUCUGGCUUGUUUGGCAAAUGAACGUCGGAGCCGUCGCACUCAACAUUUCUCUGCAUAUCGUCACACAUCUUCCUCGUGGAGUUUUCUGCCAAAUGAGGACGUGAUUGCUGCUGUACUGUGAAUCUCAAACACACCUGCAUUCUUAUCACGGGUGAUGGGCAGUUCAAGAUUGCUGUCGUUCAAGAAGUUAAUGACCACUGUUGAGGUUGUGAGCUACAAAUACCCAGAGGAGGCGGCACUUACAUUAGAAUUCAUACAGAAUAUUUUCCUGUGAAGAAAUCCUGAACGUGGUUUGAGAUGAAGGCAACCAAGUGGCUGUGCAUUCCUCCAAGACUCUUGCAUGAACAAUUUCAAAAAUCCAUGUAAUAUUUGAGUUUUUAAAUUGAAAAAAAAAAUGGCACUUGCAUUAAAUAUGCAGUUAAAUGGUAAAUAAUACAUCCCCUAUAAUUAAUUGCAUCACUUCGAUGAUAUUUCUGUUAUAAUGAACUUCAAAAUUCUGUUGUCAAGCCACUGGAGUCACAUACUUUAUACCUUUCUGGACCUUGAAAAUGGUAGUUGCAUAGACAAUCAAUAGAGGGACAGAAAGUACCCAGAUUUAACUAAAAAUACUCUUAAUUUGUGUUCUAAAAAUGAAUGAAAGUCAUACCAUUCCAAACCCUAAUUGACUGAAUUAACAUUUUUUGUGUGAACUAUCCCUCUAAACAAUAUUGUUUUCUCUUAUAAGAAAAAAAAAGUUUUGAAUCUUGACUGUUUCUCAUUGUGAUGUUUAAAUUUUGUGACCACUUUUUAGUACAACACCUGUAUUGUACAGAUGCUCAUGCUUUCUUUUUUUUUUUUUUUUUUAUUCUGUCCGUUACUGUUUAAAGCUAAACUGUCUUUUACAAUACAGCCAUUUUGCCUGAGUUGACACAUUGUUAAAUGAAUUGAGUAUUUGAUGUUGUUUAGUCCUAACCCACUUAAGGCAAACAAAAGCCAUUGAAUGCACUUUUAAGAAUGUUUACAUUAAGUAAAA